UGCUGAGGGUGCCGAGAAAUGGCUAUUGGUCAAGAAAAGAUCAGUGGAUGGACUAAGUUGAGUUGGCUAUCAGGUUGUAGAAGGCAAUUCUUCCAUAUCCGAGAGCAUCAAAAAAUCAUCGAUUUGCAAAGUGGAGAUGAAACCUAAUGAUGAUGCGAAAGUUAAGUUCGAUAUCGGCCAGGAAGUUAAGGAAGGAUCAGAGCAGCCAUCGAAACAGGAUAACGAUGAAGUCGAUGGCGAUGCUGAGAACAUAGUGGAUGAAGAAAACAGUGAUCAGACAGGACUUCAACGUACACCACGAAGUAGCGGAGAUGAUGAGGAAGGGGUGGUGAUGGAGGAGGGUGUACCUGGACCUUCCGAUUUCAACAGGAAUUUGCCCUUUUAUGGAACAGAUCACGCUGCAUUCCACCUACCAACAAAUCUUGAAAUUCGUGAAGGUGUCGACUACCAGUGUCCGGUGCAAGACUGGACAACAGACGAUGAUUAUUACGAUGACACAGAACGUGAAACUUGCGUUUGGCGACCGACAAAUCUCUUGGAAGUUGCGGAAAUUAAUGAUUACCUUUCCAUUGCACUUUCAAGCUUUAAUAUUGAACAAGACCGGGCGAUGUUUAUUCUGCAAUCAUCAGAUUAUAAUAUCGAAGAAGCUAAACAUCAGCUCGCUAAACGACGAGUCAAAAAAGAACCAUGGAGUGAGGAAGAUACAACUGUUUUCAAGCAAGCACUACAAACAUAUGGCAAACAUUUUAAUAAAAUCAAGCAAUUGUUGCCACACAAAUCGAUCAAAGAAAUUAUUAACUUUUAUUAUGACAAUAAGAAGAAACUCAAUUUUCGAAGUGUUAUUGAUGUUUUCUUGGAAGAACACAAUCCUGAGUCCAGCUCUGAAGACGGUGAUGUGGACAAUAUAGAGAAGCAAAGCAAUCGAUGUUACAACUGUGAACAGACAACAAAUUUGCGUCAUAUGGGUGAUUUAAAACUUUGCAACGCCUGUUUUAUCCAUUUUAGGAAUUAUCAUCGUCACAGACUGUGCCUGAAACCAAUGAAUUUUGAUGGAAACGCUAACGAAGCUAUGAAGUGUCCUAAAAAUAUAGCAGAAAUCGUGGAACGAUUUGUGGAGUUUGCAACUGAGGAAGAGGAUACUCCACAGUCAUCAUCAUUAAAGAAAAGUGUUGCUGAAGUGGAAGACGAUGACGAUUUACAGAUUGUUAGUGUUAUUCGACCACCGGAAAUGCGAUACACACGGAUCUUAAAACAGUUAGAACGGGAAGAAAUGCUUGCACGGGGAAACUGCGUAAGACUGGAGCAUACAUUACGAAUUCAAUUUGAAAAGGAGUUAAACGAAAAUAUGGAGCGUUAUCGAAUUGGUCGGCUUCCGUCGUCUGCAGCUUCUGGUCGCCCUCGACGUUCUCCGUCAUGGUCCUACAAAGAAAAAUGGCAGGCUUUGUUUGCAUUUCAACGAUAUGGAAAGGAUUUCGAUGCUGUCGCAGAAGUGCUGGAAAGUAAGACUCCGGAUAUGGUGAAAGCUUUUUAUUAUGAAAUGCGAGAAAAAAUUGACGAUAUGAUCAGCAAAACCAGUGACUAUUAUCGCAAGCUAGCUGACACUUAUGAUUUUGAACGGAAGGUCGAAGUUGAUACAUCAAAUGAAGUUGUUGAUGUCGAAUAAAAGUAGUGCAUUUUCUUACCGAAGAUGGAAAUAGCAAUUAAUUCUUUUUGAUUUCUGGCAUGGCAGUGUCCUUAAAUUAUUAAUUCUCGACAUAUCAAAAGAGUUAUGUUAGAAGCCCUGCUCAGCAUUGAAUGGCUUGGGUUGUUAAUUGUAAAGUAGUUUGGUUUUGAAUAUCGAG